UGUUCGAAGACUAAAUUUAUCUUUGAUUCUCAAUGGCCUCUGACUUGUUUUUUAGCGAUAGCUUUUUUGGGUUUCUGGCUGCCAGUGAAGAGGAAGUCGAUAUGGCCGCUUACGUUUGUCCCUGUGUUUCUCCUGCUGUUCGGAGUUGGAGCACAUUUGUAUUUCACGCUGACCCAAGACCAUCGAAACUAUCACAUAGGAUCAAAGAUGCUUCUUUCAUCGCUGUGGAUAAGUGGUUUCGUGUCGUACGUCCUAGCUCUUUAUUACUUUAGAUACCAAUCGCAAGAGUGGAUGAGGGAUUUACGCGGACGCCAAAACCGCGCUAUCAAUGUAGCUCUCUUCACUGGGUUUUUCCUAGUAUCAUGGAUUCUCUUUGGCGAUGCCUAUUAUCAGGUCAUUUUUGAUUUGGUCAACAUAAAAGCAACUAUUUUGGAGGAUUGCCGACACCCACUAGCAUGCAAUGCAGUUUUCUAUACCUUGGCGUCUUCCAUAUACUGGGGCAUGUAUUCGUCCGUUGCUGUUUGCUCUGUUUUCUUCUCCUUAUGCCUUGUCAUGGCAAAUGACAUCGAUAAAGGGUACAGACGGAUAUCUACAUGCACUGGGACUAUCACUGAUACAUUGGUAAUACACCAAGAAUUGCGACAGCAAAUAGCAGAACGGGUCAAUACGAUACGUAUUUGGUUUCUCAUCCACAUGUUAUUCUAUGUUGUAGUUUUAUUAGCGAACAUUUUUGAGUGGUUGGAGGCUGCGCGACAGCUUCACUUUGUCUACGAAUACAUGGCUCAGAUUUGCGGUACCCUAGUUGUGCUCUACAAGUUUUUCUUCCCGUUUCUUUCUGCGAGUUACGUGACCUGGCACGAAUCAACCCUUGUGCAAGACUUGAAUGACAGACUCGAUUUCUUGCCGGGCGAAACUUUCCAUUCCCGACUUGAUCUAGAAUUGUUUCUUCAACAAAGUAGGAGACGUGGCUACGGAUUUCGUCUUUUCAAGAUUCAAAUAACCUUGACUAUUGCUAUCUUCUCCUUGCUUGGUUCAGUUUUUGGGCUGAUACAUAAUUUUAGAAGUUAA